UUUAGAUCCGAUAAAUAAUCCUUUUUCUUAAAUAUGGAAACAAUAAGCCAGUAUAGUGACAAUGUGAGGUAUCAACUAGCCCAACAACACCUUGACCAGAUUUUUAUCAAGUGGAUUUCACAGGAUAAUGUCCAGAGUUUUGUGAAUAAGUUGAUAGACGAAGUUCAUGACCCUACUAGCAACAUUUUGUCUCCCCCAACUCCAAUAUUUAUUAACAAAAUGUCCACUCCAGUCAGUCCAAGUGAUAAGAAGGCUGGGAGUUCUAGUCUACUUGGAAAAAUAGGGAAGACACCACCAAAAAGUCCAUCUGCAAACAAUAAAUAUAAGACUUUUGUGGGUCCUGUGCUUGGACUAUUGGGAAGUAAGGAAGAAGAGAAAGAUUUAUCUUCUCUAACUCUCAUCAAGAAGCAGCUUACCGGUGAAAUGACUAAAUAAACAAAUAGUUCCUAAAUUUUAUUAUAAAGAGGGAAGGCCACUAGAAGAGGAGGUCAUAAAAGUUAAUGAAGAAGAAAUUAAUAAGGUCUUUGAAGUCCAUAAAGAGGUAACAAAGGAAGAGUUUCUUCCAAUCACUGAAAAAGUAUUCAAAUUCCCGAAGUUUCUAAAUGGGCUACUUUUCAAAAGGCUUGAUCCGAGGAGUACUGGGAAGGUUAGCCACUCUAGCUUCUUAGAAGCCUGGACAAAAGAGUAUGAGAGAAUCGAAGUUUCAAAGAGAAUGUUCAAAGUUCUAGCAAAGCCUGGAGAGCAGUAUAUCACCAAUGAUGAUUUUAAACCGAUGUUGAAGGAGUUAUUAGAAACACAUCCCGGUCUUAACUUCUUGCAAGCAACUCCUGAAUUUCAGGACAGGUACGCAGACACAGUUGUUAUGAGGAUAUUCUUCAUAAUUGAUAGAAAUGAUGAUGGUCGAAUAACAUAUCGAGAUUUUAAGCAGUCAAAUUUUAUAAAAACUCUCUAUUUUGUCGACGAAGAGGAAGACAUUAAUAAAGUUAGAGACUAUUUUUCAUACGAGCAUUUCUAUGUCCUCUACUGUAGAUUCUGGGAACUUGACAAUGACCAUGAUUUCUUAAUCGAUAAAGAAGAUUUUAGCAGAUAUGAGGGGUAUGCAUUAUCCAGAAACACAAUGGAUAGGAUAUUUGAACAGAUCCCGAGAAAAUUUAAAUCAGAAAAUCCUGAGAAAAUGUCAUACGAGGACUUUGUAUGGUUUAUGCUCUGAGAAGAAGAUAAAACAACCAGAAGAAGUCUAGAGUACUGGUUCAAAAUUAUUGAUUUGGAUGAUAAUGAAAUAAUCACUCCUUAUGAGAUGGAAUUCUUUUAUGAAGAACAAGUUCAAAGAUUACAAUCUCUGAACCACGAGCCUAUCUUAUUCAAAGACUUGUUGUGACAGAUGAAUGAUAUGAUUACGCCAAAAGAUGAAGCUAACUUCACUUUCCAAGACUUUUGAGAACGUAAAGACAAUGUUGGUAUUUUCUUCAACUGUCUGUGCAACUUGAAUAAACUUAUCUCAUACGAGACAAGAGAUCUGUUUGCUUUAAAAUAACCAGACAAAUGAAAAUCCUGACUAUUCAGAGUGGGACCUCUUCGCUAAAGGAGAGUAUGAGCGUCUAGCAAUGGAGGAGGAAAAUCCAGAAGACUCAGAUGUUAUUGAUACAAUGGAUAAUGUGGAUACAACUUGUGAAAGUAAUAGAGAUUUGACAUAAGGUAAGAGAUUCUGAAGCACUAAUUAAUUUUAAAUAUAAUCAGUUUA